UGCUGACGUCUUUCCUCUCUAUCACACAUCAGACUUUUCCCAGUGGAGCUGGAGAACAGGCUUCAAUGAAAACUGCCUGUUUGCAGCUAUAUGGAGAUUGCAGGCACCACAAUCACUAUUUCCUCUACCUGACCUGGAGCAGAAACUCCAUCAUUAGGAUAGAAAGGUAGCCUUGUUGCCUAGCAAAGGUGGGAUGAUUUAUCUCUGUCUCUAGAUUGGUCCCUUUUUCACUGCUGCACAAGAGAAUUGUUUUCAGACUUUCAAGGAGAAUGAAGCCAGGAUAGAAAUCAAAGUGGAUGUGAGAGAGCUGCUAUCCCAGGGAGGAGAAGGAGUCACAGGGUUUCUGUGCUUUCUGUUCCUGUGCAGCCCAGGACAAUGGUUUUAUCUGCCCCAGUGAUAGCCCUGGGGGCUACCUUAGGGACUGCAACUAGCAUCCUUGCCCUCUGCGGUCUCACCUGCCUCUGCAAAUGCAAGCAACCUGGGAAAGGACUCUCAGAAAAGGACCAAGAGGAGGACACGGAAAAUACUAAGCCCAGUGUGCUUCAGCCAGUCCAGCAAUUCAACGUUAAGAAAACGGCAGAGCCAGUCCAGCCUCGAGCACUCCUGAAGUUUCCCAACAUUUAUGGCCCCAAACCCAUAGUAACUUCACCUGAAAUUGUUAACUACACGCAGUACUCCCUGAAGACAACAGAAGAACCAGCUACUGGAAAACAGGCUGGUUUGGAUGAGAACAGGAUGAAGAUCCAAGUCAAUGAAGAGCUGUUUGUUCUCCCACAAAACGUUGCAGGUGUAGUAAAGGAUGUGUGUGUCACGGAGCACUUGAACCCCGAGAGGGCAGCCAGCUGUAACCAGGCCCCUGAGCUGCGCUACUCCCUGCUGUAUGAUCAAGAAAGAGCUGAGCUGCGUGUGGCCCUUCUGGAAGCUAUGCAUGGCAGAAUGAGUGGGGACCAAGAUGCUGGCUGCCAUUGCUACGUACUGGGUACGCUGGUGAGCAAAUCUGGCACUGCUGAAGCCCAAACAGAGCUGAAGAAGAAGGUGCUUCACACCCUCUGGGAGGAGGUCCUGCGAUUCCCAUUAACAGAGGAGGAGAUGCCGGAGGGGACAUUGACUCUCACCCUGAGAAACUGCGACAAGUUCUCCAGACACAGCAUUGUGGGGGAACUCAAACUGAGCCUUGCUAACAUGGAGGAGUCCUUUGGGACAGCCCAAUGGGAAAGGCUAAAGAUCCCAGAGAAGGAGCCAUCUACGGGCCAUGGGGAGGUCCUGCUCUCCAUCAGCUACCUGCCAGCAGCGAACCGCCUGCUGGUGGUGAUCAUCAAGGCUAAAAACCUCCAUUCCAAGCAGCUGAAAGAUCUACUUGGCAAUGAUGUUUCUGUCAAGGUGACACUGAGGCAUCAGUCCUUGAAGCUGAAGAAGAAGCAGACCAAACGUGCAAAGCACAAGAUCAACCCUGUGUGGAACGAGAUGAUCAUGUUCGAGGUGCCUCAAGAGCUCCUGCGUGCCUCCAGUGUGGAGCUGGAAAUGCUGAGCCAGGUUGGUGCUGGGCAGAGCCACGUGCUUGGCAAGUGCAGCCUGGGCUUACAUGCCACGGGCACAGAGAGGAGCCAUUGGGAAGAAAUGCUGAGGAACCCCAGGAGACAGAUCGCCAUGUGGCACCAGCUCCACAUGUAGGCUCCUGGUGAUUCCUGCCUCUGAGCCUGGGCGAAUAAGCUGCAUUUCACCUUCCCCUCCACAAAGCUUACCAGCACAGCAUCCUUCUUAUACCCCCUUGUCUGAUUUUCCUGCCUCAUCCUAGCCAGGGAGACUGCCUGGAAAAUGUAUUUAAAGGACAAUGUCUCAUCUGAUCAAGUGGUUCUCUCAAACAAGGGGGUUGGCUGCCUGGAUGAUUUGAAUUAAUUCCCACUGUCAUCUGUGUGAGGUCCUUGUUUCUGUAGAGGAGUAAAGGUAUCAUGGAAAUGUAAGAUCAUCCUUGGCAUCUGGCUCUGUCACUCAAGUCCUUGAUGAGUGCUGGCUCCAUAAUCACAAACAUGUGGCGGAUGUUUUACCAGUCAUUAUUUUCCGUAAUACUUUAUAAGACUGUGAGAAAUGCAGAUCACAGAAGUGACUUUCACUGCAGACAUGAAGUAUCAAUAUGAAAGAGAGUGAAGAAGAUGUGCAAUAAAUGGGUAUCUAGAACUAAGAGAGAAAACAGAGGAAGAAGAGAGUGAGACAGUCAACACUAUCAUCCUAUGUAGCCUUUGAAGCAAACACUGCCAAACAAGAAGUCAAAUACCUUCAUGUACUUUUGUUUCCUGGAGUGUUUGAUAUUUAGGAUUCAUGAAAACCACUGAAAAUGUGAAUGUUUCAGGAUCCUUCAGCACAAUACCUAUAUCUUCUAUCUUUCCACACCGUCACGCAGGAAGACCCUAAACACAGACAAGAAGUCACCUCCAAAAACCUGGACCAAAUCUUUCUGCUUACUGCCAUGUUUUCUGUUUGUUUUUUUUUCUGAGCUAGGAAAUUUCAAAUACUUUUAUUCCAGGCAACAUUUAAGACGAGGGAAGAGAAAUGAGAUCAUUUCAUACCUUAGCAGUGGAUUGACGGUUUUGGUUUGACAGUUAACUAUUGCACCCAAAUCCUCAUACCAGCCUUACUCAAAACCAACCCUUAAGAACUGCCAUGUAUUUCAUCACUUCCAGACAGAAGGAAUUCACUGACCAGACAGACUCCCCAAGGCUUGUUUUUUUGUGUGUGCACAUUCAAGACUUGAUGUAGCUUAAAUGUUACUGUUUACUGUCCUUUUGUGUCUCGAUGGCCUGAAAGUCUGGCGUUGGCAGUGAUGAUGUUAUGACCCCAUAAGCACACUGCUUGUCCUACCACUUCAUUUAAAGGAGUAGACAACAGCUUUAAAGGACUUCAACUGGGACAAGGCACUCAACAGUCUGAAAACAGAACCAUGUAGUUUGUAGCACUGAAAAACUCAGAGAACUUCAUAUUUGCAGGGUCAACUUGAUCCUCUGUUCAAUUCAGAAUAUAAGCUAAGCUUUAUCUAGUACCCAUCCCAUUUUGAUGGCUUAGUCAAACAAGUCUAGCGCAUGCUGCUAUCCUGGUGGCAAAGGGAAAACACCAAAACCAGUGCCUGAAAACUGACUGAAGUGACAGCACAGUUACAAACAGGGCAAGGAAGCUCAACUGGAAGCCAGUCACUAAGUGGUGACUGGAGCUGGUAGUGGGGAUGGCACUGCUUAGCAUCUUCUUAAAUGACCUGGACAACAGGGCUGAGUAUGCCCUCAACAAGUUUGCAGAUGGUGCAACACUGAGAGUAGUGGUUCAUACACCAGGCAGUUGUGCUGCCAUUCAGAGCCAUGUGGAGAGGCUGGAGAAAUGGUCUGACAGGACCUUCCUGAAGUUCAACAAGAAGAGCUAAGUCCUGCACCUGCAGAAGAACAACCGCAUGAACCAGUGCGGGGCUGGAGCUGACCAUCUGGAAAGCAGCUUCCUAGGAAAGGACCUGAGCAUUCUGUUGAACAUGACCCAGCAAUGCGCUCUUGCAGCAAAGAAGGUCAAUAGUGUCUUGGUCUGCAACAGGAAAAGCAUUGUGAGCAGGUCAAAGGGGUGAUCCUCCCUACUCAGCUCUGGUGAGGGCACAUCUGGAGUGCUGCAUCUACUUCAGAGCUCCCCGGUGCAAGAAAGAUAUGGACUUACUGGAGAGAGUGCAGCAAACGGCCAUGAAGAUGAUGAAGGGACUGGAGCACCUUCUGCAUGAGGAGAGUUUGAGAGAGCUGGGUCUGUUCAGCCUGGUCAAAAGAAACACUGGGGGGAGCUUAGCAAUAUAUAUAAAUACCUGAUCUAGGAGAAGACUCUUCAGUGCUGUCCAGUAACAGGACAAGAGGCAAGGGCACAAAUUGCAAUAAAGGAAAUUCCAUUUGAACACAUGAUAAAAACAAAGAAAAAUUAUUCUGAGGAUGGCCAAACACUGGAACAAGUUGUCAAGAGAGGAUGUUGUGAGUUUCCAUCCUUGGAAACAAAACUUGAUGGGAUACAACACUGAACCACCAGAUCUAGUUUACCCCUCUGGGUUUGGACAAGAUGAUCUCCAGAGGUGUUUUCCAUCCUCGGCGAUGCUGUGGUUCUGUGAAGAGACUGACAAGGUUGAUGCACACUGAAAAGUCUGUUACCCUCUGUAGGUAAAACUGCUCUUCCCUUUAAAGCUGGUGGAGCCAGGAGUUACAGGAUCAUUUUAGAGAGUGAUAGAAACAGCUCCGAUCAGCCAACCAAACAGACAAGCUAAGUACGCCAAUGGACCUUAGAGCUAAUGUUUCAAUCUCUGGUAUUGCUCCACUGGCUAGAGGGGAAUUAAACAAGAAAUAAUUGACUUCUUGUUUUGCUCUGUGGGGCUUUGUUUAUUAACUGAAAGCUGUAGGAUGCUGCAAGCAAAGUAGACACAGG